AUCAUUGAGAGUAAAUGUGCGUGGCUUUGUUUUCUGUUGUCUCUUGCUGCUGUCAAAAUAUUUAAUGAAAAAAAUAAUACAAAAAAGAGUUAUUCUUCUUUUAAAAACAGCGUGAAACUCCAAAUUAAUGUGAGAACAAAGAGUAGGCAAUGGAUGAGGUUGAUUUUGACAAUGUGGAAGACCUUAAUGAAUUGGAGGCACGUUUAUAUGCUCAGGUACAUCAUCAACAUGAACAUGAGGUAAAUUCCUUAGAUGCCCAAAAGAUAAUUCAAAAUGACGGAAACAACCAAGAACAUCAUGAAACUAUCUGUUCGGAGGCAAACAGAGGACCAACAAAACGUUAUUGGACCAGUGAGGAAACUCCCGCAUUUAAACCGAAACCACAAAAUUACCAUCAGUCUAAGCAACAGCAUAAUGAAGUAAAACAACAAUGUACGUUCCAGCAUCCCAAUCAAAAACCACAAUUAAGUAUCCCCGUGCACAGUGGACAAGAGUCAACUAGAAAACAAAUCGCUGACAAGGUAGUUACUAGAAAUAACAAUGAUGCUGUUUCUAAUUUUUCAGAAUCUGCCUUGGUUGAUACGAAUAUCAAUAGUAAGUCGCAGGUCGCCCAAGAAUAUUCGUCAAAUGAACAAUCUGUCAAUAGGAUUAACAAACAUGGACAACCAAAGUCGGCUACAAUGCAAAAACCCAAACAUAAUCCAAAUUUAAGACUUAAUCCAGUAGCGGAUUGGUCGAAAAGAAAUAAAAUGGCUAUAUCUGAUAAAGCAAACAACAAAGAUCUGAAAAGUGUUAACGCUGCAAACACUAAGCAAGGCCCAUUUUUCAAACAACAACAAAAAAUGCAAAAAAUUAAACGAGUUGAAGACAAGAAACAAAAGUCCAAGAAGGCAAAAGAGAAGUUAAAAGGAAAAAAACUAAUAACCACUGAUAUUAUCGAACUGAUUUCCAGUGAAGAAUCUGAUAGUAGUGAUGUUGUAAUGAUUCCAAUACCUCCCCCACCAACUUUUACCGUAGAAGACAGCGACGAAGAUGAGAAUGUAAUAAAUAAGUUGUCUUCGAAUUCAAAUAUGUUGCAACCUGAAGAAAAUGCUUUGGAUUCAACUGACGUAGAUAUGUCAACUUCAAGCAGUUUCAUAAAGCCAACUCAGCAAACUUCAAUACACAACACAUCGAACUCUGAUUCAGCAGAUAAGCGUCUCGAAAAUACAUCUCGCUGCACUUCGCCGUGUUCAAUUCAAUCAUCGGAUGAUUUUAUCGGUCAGAUGGACCGUAGUCGUCUAUUAGACAAUGCGAGUGGCGUUGCUGAUGACGAGGAUCUUUUGUUGUUGACUUCUGACGUUAACAGUUUGAUGGAGGCGCCUCAGAAGCAAAGUUCUUCCAAGACAGUCGACGACGAAGCAGAGACCAGCGACUCAUUGGCAUUUGUACCGCCUAAAGCGAACGAGCAAUCUAAUAGGAACAACUAUCGUGUAGAGCAAACUCAGUUUAGAGCUUUGGAUGUGUACGAAAGUGAAUCAGAUAUUACUGACAGCGUCUACUCUAAAGGAACCGCCAAAACGACUGUUAUACGUCAAUUAGAUUCAAGCUCAGAUGAAGUUGAAGACAUUUCAUUUGUUCACUCUACACGCACGAAACGUUUUCGUAAACGCCGAGCCUCUAGUAGCAAUAAAGGGUCUGAUGUAAAUUAUGAAAAUACACAGUCUAGUAGUGAAAAUAGUAAUGACGAAAAUGGGGAUGAUGGAAUUGGGUCUGGUACAGAACGUACAGGAAUACCAUUUAUUUCUCGGGGACCUGCUGUAGAGCGAAAAAUCCGCAAAAACAGCCGUACGCUCUUAAGCUGUUCUCCAGCACCUCACAAAACAUUUAAAGCUGCUGCUUCUAAAGGUCAUAUGUCGGAUGGUGAUUUUAUUGCAAAGCUCAAUAACUUAGUCCAGGGCCAAGAUGGUGAUGAUGCAAACGAAGGCGAAGAAAGCGAUGAAGCAGAAAAGGCACCGUCUGCACGAGACAUAGCAGAAAAAAUACUUGGUGAAAGUUCUGAAUCCACAACAAAGAAUACGGACCCAGCUGUACCUAAAAGUGCUCGACAUGAUUUAAGUGAUGUCUUCAAUACUAUCGAUAAAAUGGCGGAGAAGGAACAAGAAAAACAGCCAUCAGGCGAUAAAGAACGGGACGAAAAUUCGAAGAAUCACAACGAAAACGCUGCAGGUACACUUCCAAUUGUUUAUAAGACGCUGCCCACUGAUGAUAAAGUGCAAAUCAUUACGUACGUGGCAGAUAGGUCUCAAGUGGACAAUAAAAGACCAAAGAGAUCAAAAAAUGGCUCACCAAUUUACAACGUUGUGUAUAUAAGUGGCAAUAAUAUAUCAAGUGGCAUUGGUUGGAACAGCGAAAUGAGAAAGUUUUAUGAAGAAUCUUGGAAUGGAGAGAAUUUUAUUUUAACUCACGUUUGGAAUAAAAUGAAUCCGGAUAAGAGCUUGUGGAGGAUAUAUGCCGAAGAUCGGUUCAGCAAGUCAACUAAGCGGUAUAGCAAUUUAAAAUGUACAAAUUGUUGCGAUUUUGGCCAUGCAAGGGCACAAUGUAAACGCCCCAAAAAACCCUUAAUUUGCUACAUGUGCGGAGAGAGUGGUCAUCAGGAACCACGAUGCCCCAACACUAUUUGCCUACGGUGUGGCAAUAAAACUCACGUUUAUAUUAAGGGCUGUAAUGCCUGUUCAUUCCAAAAUCGCUUAAUGUGCCCAAUAUGCAAGAUUAGGGGACACUCCAUAGAUUUUUGUCCCGACAAAUGGCGUAGAUAUUAUUCAACGACUGAACCAAAUGCAUUUCCUCGAAAUAAUAUUGUAUAUAACACAAAAAAAUAUUGUAGCAUUUGUGGACAACGUGGGCAUUUAUCUGAUUCUUGUCGGAAUGCAUUGAAUUUCAUGGAGUAUCCUCCUAUAGCUUCUACUGUCAAGUCACACCAAAAAUCAUAUAACGACUUGUCAAUGAAACCUUUACACGGAGGCAUUCCUUUCAACUUAAUGUACGAACCUUCUCAAGAAUAUACCUUUGGCUUGGCGGAACGGACGAAUCCUGAAAAGUAUUACGGACGAUUUUUAAAUGCGGUUGGAAUGGCAUAUUUAUUGCCACGAAAACGACGAUCUGAUGUAAGCGGGGAAACUUCUGCGAAAAAGUUGAAGAAAUCAUCGAGAGAUAGUGUCAAGUUGAAUUGUGAGAGCAAGGCUCCAAAUCAGGUUCAGGAAAUAAGUGAAAGUGGUAAUACCGAAAUUGAGGGCGCAAAAGAUAACAAUACCAAAGCUGAUGAUACAGGAGAUACAGUCGAAGUUGAGAGCACCGUUCAAAACGAUGACGACAUUCAACUGAAUGUUAUAACGCCGACAGUAUCUGGCCACAGUACUUUUUCAAGCUUUAAAUCGCCCAAUAAUGUAACAUUAUCAACCAUUCAAUCUCAAAAUCCUGACUCUGACUCGAAUUACAGUUUCUCUGAGCAUUUUGACGUUCCCUCUACGUCGUCAAGUGGGGGAAAGAAUCAAGCUGUGGAAAAACUGCCAGAAAUGUUACAGGAUGAGAAUGCCAAUGCACCGUCCAGUAAAAUUUGGACAAUGCCAAUUUUCAAAGACAGGCCUAAACCUCGCGAAAUGGAGGAACUUCCAGAUUUUAUUCCUUUGGUCGAUUCCACAAAAAAUUGCGAGAGGACUGAUGGAGACGAAUCAGUCGUGGACAACCAACGUUCAGAUAAUCGCCGACCAUCAGGAAUUUCAAAUAAAUUUGUAGCUGCCGACUCAGAUGAUGAAAGUCAUGAUGGUAUUGAAAGGUUGAAAGAAGUGGGUCAAACAGACGGUCUACCUUGUGAGGCUAAAAUUUAUUUAGAUCAGUUUCAUACCAAAUAUUUGUUGUCUCUCGAGGGUCGUAAUUUUUUGGCAAAGUCGUCCAAAGAAUGUGAUUUGAAAGCUCGUCUCGACUUUACAACAGUCGGUCACGUUUUGGUAAUUUUUGGUCUGCCAAGUAAUCAGGAUAAAUUUCAGCGUGAGCUCCUGAUGAAAUAUCGGGAAAUAGCAGAUCAAAUAGCCCAAAAGAAUAUACAGUCUAUGCCCAAUAUACCCAAACGCAUCGACGUUCUAAUUCGUUUCUUACGAGAUGACAUCAACCAGCUCAAUACAAAUUUGGGCAAUGCAAAUCAUUUAUAUAAACGACUGCAGUAUGUGGAGCGACAGCAGUCAAAAGCAGGUUUUAAACAGGCUGAUAAAAUCCGACGUUCCCUAAACAUGAUACUGUUGGGUCAGGCUGGUUUACAAGAUGGAAACAUUCAUUUAGAUAAACUCUUGCUGAGUUUAAAAACGCUUAUUAAUGACUAUAAAUCGGACGACGCUACCCCGCACCAGUUACGUUCAGAGAUAUCCUCACAUUGGAAAUUCAUAUUUUCUUCAUAUAGGCACGACAAUUACGAAGAUUUGCUUAAGACCUACAAUAACUUGGUACUAAAAAACCGAAUGCUUAAACUGAGUAUAGAUCCAUUAUUACUGGGAAAUAAACUACUGGAUACAAGCCUUACUUUGGAACAGAAAGAGAAAUUGGAACAACCAAGGACUCAGAUCAAUGAAAUUGGUGAAAGUGGCGAACACAAUAUUGUAAAUAAUCAGCCAAAAACUCCCAAGCUAAACAAACGCAAACAAAUCACGGGUUUGAGCGGUUCGUCGACACCACCUUCUGCACCGAUAAAGACAUUGACAACUCAAUCGCAGCGUUCAGAUAGCCAUCAGCAAAGCAACACCCCAUCGAAAACGAAAUCAUCGGCAACUACAGUCAGUCAAGCAAGCAGAAAGCAACAAACGAAAAUUAUGCCUCCUCCUCCAUUUAUAAAUCCGGAAAAAACAUCUAAUGCUACUGUUAGCGCUGCCAUAAUGCAGCAAGUUUCGGAAAAGUGGAAGAAUACGUGUGACACAUUGCUUAAAGAAAUUGCAAAACCACCUACUCGUACUGGCAAUAGCAAUAAUGUUCGGGACUCCAAAUUGCCGUCAACAUUCUGGUCGCGGGAAUCUAUGCGAUACUUGGAUGAAUGUAUACCGAUUGUCUCGUCCAGGCCGGAACUUGAAGAGAAACUUAAGCGUGUUCAAAAUAAGUCUAAAAACGGACAACUUUCAUAUAAUGACUACCUCGCAGUGAUAAAAUUACACACGGCUCUGACUGGAAAGUAGCAUACGUGUUUAUCUUGUUAUUCUGUGCUAGAAGAAAUUCAUACAACAUGUUUAUACAUACAUUGUAUGUAUGUAACGUUAAAAUGAGACGAUAUAUGUUUUUGUAUAUCUUAUGUAAUAUGUACAAAAUUAUCCUUUGUACUUCGACUCUAUUUGUUUUUAAGGAACUUUCUUUACUUUUUGUAUUUCUUUUAAAGAAGUAACAUGUGUACAAAAAUAAAUAAUGUUAAUUUUUGAUUAAAGAAAAUGUUAGUUCAGAUUAA